UUUUGACGGGAGAAAAAUCGUGUCCUUCAACUGGACUGAAAAUAUGAUUUGGGAAUACCCCUUGCAUUUCGUAAUGUUCUUACUUUUUCUUCUUUUUAUGUAACGAUGAUGAAAUGCACUGAAAUAUUUUCCAUUGCUUCGGAUGUCCGCUUCCAGUUGAAAUUGGAUGAAAGUAGAUUUGUCGCAGUAGGUGGGUGUUUAAUUUCAAUGAUUCUGUUGUAUUGUAUCCACCUCAUUGUCCAGUAGUGAUUUGCGUCAGCAAUUUUUUUGUACAACUUAAUCUUCUUCGCAUGAAGCAUGUGUACCUAAUUCCAAGAAGUUAUUCAAAUCACUGUAUUAAUCUCGCUGUACAUGCAUAGCACACAAGGUGCUUAUUAUGUAUUUUGACUACGUCAACGAUUUCUGAAUAGCAAUUACCGCACGACUGAAUUUCUCCAUUUCAGUGUUUAAAUUUUUGGGAGUUUUGAACUGGAGAAAUUGUAGUGAUACAACUAGCGAGUUACUUAAUUUACAUACCUAUGCAUACCAUACGUAUUUACGUAUGCAAAUAAUGUAAAGUCAUUGGCUUGCCUCAUACUUAUAUACUUAGGUAUGCAUACAAACAUAUGUAUAUACAUAGAUAUAUAAAAUUCAGAGAAGCUUACACAUUAUGUAAUAUGUGAUAUUAUAGCAAGGGGGUCAUUGAUCAUCAUUGUUAUUUAUCCACGUUUCUACAAGAAAUUUUGCUAAUUGUAUGGGAAACCAAUCGAUUUCAACCAAAAUUUGAACGACCAAUGAUCAUGGAAGUAAUAAGCAUAUAGUACAAUGUUUAUGCUCAUGGGAUUUACCGAGGAAAUGUCAACGGAUAAAAUUAGACUGUUGUCACUACUUUUACCCAAGGGAGAAAGUUGCUCAUCUCAUCACCUAUAUAUUUAUCGAUCCGCUCUGAGAUGAACCAGAGCGUAUGCAUGUAUAAGGACCAUUUCAUCCAAGUACAUGAAACCAUCAGCUUUCUUUCUCUGCUUUCUCUGCUUUCUCUGCUCUCGUGUUUCACCCUUUCUUGUUCAUCUGUUCUUUCCUCCAUCACAUUUGGAGAAUGUCCGCAACCAUAUUUUGCAGGAAUACUACUACAUAGUUUUUUAUAUAAAUAAUGAACAAAGAGCAUGGAGCCCUUAAAGUACAGAUGGAAAGCAAGAUUUAUUGGCGAAGUCGACCGGAUUUUGACGGUGAUGACAAUCUGUUUCAUAGUUUUACGAAUUGUUGGGGCCAUAAGUGCGUCGUGCAUAUUGGCGUUAGGGAUUCAUCGACCAGGGGAAAAGUAUUUGGGGAUCAGGGGAGUGCCAAGUUUUGCGCUCUUCGAGUUUAACAUUGGCAUGAGAGGAAACAGUGAUACAAUUCAGAAGAAAGAUGGACUUAUUGAAAAGGAAGAUUUUUAUUCAGUUUCGCUAUAUGUCUGGAUUGUAGUUUGUGUAACAUGGUUUGUUCUCGCGACGGCGUUACUCGUCAGCUUUCUGGAAUUUGCUGCAGCGAAUAAACUAAUAAAAUCUACGCCUGUGGAAACUGAGGCAGAUUAUGCUAAAGAGAAUGCAUGCUACUGGCGAAACAUUAAUAUAAUAUUUACAAUGCUAUCAGGAUUCAAUUUCUUUUCCGGACAAUUAUUUUUGCACAUUAUUACCGGAAUUAUUAUGGUAAUUCGAGUCAUCGCGAUUUGCGUUGUACAAAUGUACAUCAACGAGUUGGACUUGAGGAUAGCUUCGGAGGACGAAAUUGUACCUGUGGAAAGUCACGCAAUGUACAGUUUGCAGGAUGAAACUCCGACCUGUAGUGGCAGUAAAACAAAGUCUAAUAAGCGUCCAAGAAUGAAUUGCCAUUACACCGCAAAAAUGGGGAAUAAUGCUGCCUCUGCAUAUGCUGAAAUUUAUGCGUGUGCAUAAUAAACGUAUCUGUGCAUAAUGAUUAUGUAUAACCGAAUGAGAUAAAGUCUAUACAAUCUGUUAAUAAUAUUUAAAAGUGUCACAAAAGGCUCAAUAAGAUUUAAUUAUUACAAAUAUUAUCGUA